UCAACCCGUAAGGAGCUGUGUUCGCUCGAUCGGCGAAUCGGCACGAUUUUCUUUCCAAAACUUUUCUUUUUUCCGCGAGUUUUCCAAACAUUCUUAUUCACGUGAAAUCGCGUUUCGAAAUUCCACAAAAAGGCCGCGAGUGCGGAUGAAAAAUGCUGCGAGUUCGUUGAACGGAGGUGUACUGGAGUUUAAAAAUUUUUGGAGUUUUUGAAACAAAAAGUGAUAAAAAAAAGUUGUUUUGGUUCCUUUUUUGUGGUGCCAAAGGAAAAUCUAAAGCCAAGAGGAUGUAUUGCUCCGACGCACAUGAGGGUAUGCACGAGGUGGAUGGCAGCUGGGUGUUGCGAGUCUACGUCACGGACCUGCAGGUCGAGAGGAGCCUCCGUGUCAAGGGCGAACUCCACAUCGGAGGUGUCAUGCUUCGUCUCGUCGAAGAUCUCGAUGUUCAAAUGGACUGGUCAGAUCACGCUUUAUGGUGGCCAGCAAGAAAUCAUUGGUUGACAAGAACGAGAAGCACUUUGGACCAAUAUGGUGUAGCUGCAGAUGCACUUUUGCAUUUCACACCAAUGCACAAAACUCUCAGGGUCCAACUUCCAGAUAUGCGUUAUCUUGACUGCCGUGUUGACUUCUCUGUAAAAACAUUCAACGCUGUUAUCAAUCUCUGCAAAAAUUUUGGUAUCAGACAUCCAGAGGAACUUUCGUUUUGCAAACCCUUGGAGCCAAACCAUCUAAAAUACAAUUUGAAGGACUUGCCGGUGAAGAAAAAAAUUGAAAAUCAGAAAAAUGGUUGGCACGUGCCAGCGGACACAAACACAUUCAUACCAGUUACACAGAGUCCCAGAGGAUCAAAUGGAAGUUUGGAUCAAAGCAGUCCUUUCAUGUGUGCUCCAGUCACUCCAAACAACAGGACUUACAGCACUCCAAUCAGUUCUCCAGUUUCGACUGGAACCUGGAAGAGGAAUAACAAUUCUUCUGGUUUUGGAAGCACCGGUUCCUUCAAUGCGAACAACAGCACAAUGAGCCUUGAAGCUUUGAAUGGUGGACUAUCGGAAUAUCUCGCCCAGAGUCCUUCUUCAAUUUCACCCGAAGUCCGGAGCAAAUUAAUCAGACCAAAGAGUUUGAUCGAACGAGCGAGGAUGAAUGUUGCCUGGCUUGAUUCGUCCCUCUCGAUCAUGGAACAAGGAAUUCGAGAAUUCGACACCCUCCGGCUCCGAUUCAAAUUCUACUCAUUUUACGAUUUGAAUCCGAAGACCGACUCGGUCAGAAUUAAUAUGAUUUACGAACAGGCAAAGUGGCAGCUUCUCGCUGAAGAACUCGACUGCACCGAGGAAGAGAUGCUCAUGUUUGCUGCUCUCCAGGUGCAAGUGAAUUUACAAGCGAGCGUUCCCCAGCCGAAUUUCGACUGCAACGGGACAUCUCCCGUGGAAGACGACAUUGAUGCGGCAUUGACGGACCUCCAGGUGACCCUGGAAGGCUCAACAAUCAGUAACGGAUCAAGCGACAUUACUCAGAUUCCUGAACUCUGCGACUAUCUGCGCUUUUUCAAACCAAAGCGUUUCACCCUGAAAGCCUUCAAGCGAUAUUGGUUUACUUGCAGGGAUUUGCAACUCAAGCUUUAUAAAAGUCGCGAGGAGAUGAACAGCUCCGAGCCACCAGCACACUCUAUCAAUCUUCGUGGUUGCGAAGUAACUCCGGACGUUAAUUUGGCUCAGAAUCGUUACGGAAUCAGACUUGAGGUCCCUAGUGCUGAGGGCAUGUCGGAAAUGUGGAUCCGAUGCGAUACGGAGACACAGUAUGCAAAAUGGAUGGCCGCCUGUCGAUUGGCAGCGAAAGGUCGCACAUUAGCGGACGCUUCUUACGAAAGCGAAGUCAACAGUAUCAUUGCAUUUUUGCAACUUCAAAGGCCCGCACCCGUCCCUGCCAUUAGUCCAAAUUCUCUCGGGGACAUUGUCCCGGAAGAGUAUGUGGCUUCCAGAUUUGCGAAGAAGUUCAAGGGAAAGCUGGUGCAAAGGAUUUUGGAAGCACACGCCAACGUCAAGGAUUUGUCUCUUGUGGAAGCAAAACUGAAUUACAUCAAAGCUUGGCAAUCCCUUCCCGAAUAUGGAAUUUCCCUGUUUGUUGUCAGAUUCACAGGAAAGGGAAAAGAUGAGCUUCUCGGCAUUGCGAACAACAGGCUCAUGCGAAUGGAUCUUCACAAUGGGGAUCAUCUCAAAACUUGGAGAUACAACACCAUGAAGGCUUGGAACGUAAACUGGGAAGUAAAACACAUGAUGGUCCAGUUUGAAGAGGGCAACAUAAUUUUCGAAUGUCAAUCCGCCGAUUGCAAAGUCGUUCACGAAUUCAUCGGCGGUUACAUUUUCCUCUCGAUGAGGUCGAAAGAAGCCAACCAAACCCUCAACGAAGAAAUGUUCCACAAAUUGACCGGAGGCUGGCAUUAAUUAAAUUUCAAACUCGCCUCUCGUACAUCAAAAUACUUAAGAAGACGAAAUACUUAAAGAAUAGUUUACAAGCUCCCAUAUUUAUCUAAAAAUUAAAUGCUCUCGCAUUUAAUUUCAAGGGUCAAAAAUUGUAAAUAGAAUAUCUAGAAGACUCGACACUUAAUGAAUCUCGAGUAGUCUUUUAUAGGUGUUAUUUGUAAUUUUAUUUAAAAUUUUAACACAACUGGAAAUGCGCAAAGUGCCUCGGUGAAUCUGCAAUCGAAAAAUAUUGUGGGCUCGCUCGUAUUCGUUUAGAGAAUUUUAUAGUACUGACUUAAAACAGUAGUUUUCACGCCUCCAAAGUUUACACAAAGUAAUCUUUUAUAAUCGAGAAUUUUACAAAGUUUUUAACUCCCCUAUUAGGUUUUUUGAAGAAAAAAAAAGAAACUUUUUAACAUUUUUCUCGUAUUGGGGAAACGCACAAGGAUUUUCGCUUUUGCGGAUUUAGUCCUUGCUUUUUUGUUUGCCUGAGUCCAUUUUUAAGGAAGGAUCAUCGACUUGGAGAGAAAUUACAAUUUGGUAUAAAGAGACUAUUUAUAUUUUUACAAUUCGCUGCCUUUUUCAGAAUCUUUUAUUGAGACACGUAAUUAAUUUUAACUAGAUGCUAAUUACUACCGACUAGUUUUUAAUAUUGAUCCUCUUGUGAUUGGGAGUUCCUAACCAUUUUAAUCUAAACUUCAAAUCUUUAUCAGUUGAAAUAUUGUGCAAUAAAAUCGAAAGUCAAAGACAUAUUCAUCAAUGAAAAAGAUGUAAAAGUAAAUCAAAUAAUGGGAAUUUAAAUUCGACGCAAGAGGUUUAAUUUUAAAGAGCGAGGGGUUCGAUUUUAUGCAGAAUCAUAGACCCUCGUUGAGAGAUCAUGUAAAUUAUUUGUUUGUUUUUUAAUGUAAACUUUAGACAUGC